UUUCCGGAUCAUCCACGCCAAAAACCCCCCUUGAUAUUGAAGUACCCAUACCGGCCUCUCCCGGUACGUUCCAACGGCGAAACCUCCGUCGUCAACAACCAUGGACUCAUAUAACCAUCUUCAAGAAAGAACUCGUUUACCACAACCAUCACUCCAAAAACUAGCGGUUAUCUCCAUAUUCGAGAAGCUCCGAUCAUCUACUGCUCUCACCGGACCCGAUUCCGACCCGACACACGCCAUUGCUCAAUGCCUCAACUCAAAUUCACCGGCGGUUGUUGAUCAAUCGGUUCGUGAACUUUGUGUUCUCGUAAAGGACUCUAAAUUGGAGGUUUCUAGGGCGUUAGUGGAACUCCAGUCGGCUCUCGAAGGCUCUGAUUCGCGUUUUGUUAACGUGUUUGUUAAAGCGAUAGGGUUUCUCGUUCGGUUAGGGUUUCAAAAUGAUAAUGUUUCGUUUCAGUUCCAGUCUUCUGAGGCUCAUCCUUUUGUUAAGAUUCUUUCUUCCCGAACAGAGGUUCAAUCUGAGCUCGUGCGACAGGUGCUUCUAUUUAUUACGCAGAAUAGGCAUUUGGGAAUGGAGGGAGUGUGUGAAUUCUUAAGACCGUUCUUAAACUUUUUGGUCAUACAAAUGUCAUCAUCAGCGACAACGUCUUCAUUUGCAAGGAAUCUUUUGUCCUCGAUUGCUUCGCUGUGUUGUUCAUUUUCUCAGGAUGCAAUUCCUGUUUUUAAGCUGUUGAUGGGAUGCUUUAAAUAUAUCCGUUGCAACAGUGCAGAAGACGUGACUAAUGUAUCUUAUCUCAUGGGGACUAUAGUGGAUGCAUUUGUUGCGGUUUUGACCCAACUGGCUGGUAAUGGUGUGCUGAUUCAUGAAGCACAAUUAAGCGGAGCAGAACUUUUAGAGAUGGUGUUUUCACUGUGCACAGAUAUUCACAAGUAUUCCGGUGGUGAAGAGUGCAUAUUUGAUAUGUCAAGGCGUUUAAUAGUUGUUCAGGCAGAACUUGAUUUGAAAUGUAUACCCGAAGCGUCAUCCGUGAUGCUGUCACUAUUUGUUAGCCUCAUUCAGUCAGAGCUGGAACACAUACAAUUAUCAAUAUUAAAGUUGGUUCUCGAUCUUAUAAAGUGGAAAAACAGAAAUGAGGCCGUAGUUGACGUGCAUGAAGAGAUUUUAUUUGUUUUUCCUGCGAUCAAUCUUAUGUCAUCUCCUUCCAAAUACGUUAAAGAAGCCGCAUCUGAGUUGCUUAUUAUCUUACGAAAGCUUUCUGCAAGUUUCCUGGUUACCCCCAUAAAUGAAUUGCUCAUGGAAGAAAGAUUCCCACGUGUCAGCAGAUUGGAAGACAUCAUAUUUAGGGUCUUUCGUCAUUUGUGGUUCCAGGAUCAAAAUUUUAUUUCUGAUUCUUUUUAUCUACAACGGCUAUUAGUUGGCCAUAAAGUUGUAGAAGAAAAGCAGAAUUCCGUUCAAACUUGGACAGUCGCAACAACAGAGUAUUGUAAAAGGAUGGUUGAAAUUAAAAAAUCAUCGCUUCCAAAGUCUCAGGCAAACGAGAUCUUUCUACAUGAAAUUCUGCCACUGCUUGGUGCAAUUGCCAGUAUUCUAAUUGUGCAUCCUACGUUGGGGGACUCUGCAGUAGAACUCCUAGCUGUUACUGGCAAUAUGGACCCCACACUUGGUGUUCCGUUGUUUUUAGUAAUAUUGUUUUACCAUAACAUAUUCUCUGGUAAAUCUGAAGAAAUAGACUUUCAUGACAAAUUGCAUUUGCUGCAGCUAAAACUUUUAAGAAUGCUUCCCUCUCUUGUGUCACAUCCUGCAAUGAUACCACUUGUAGUUCAGACAAUCUUGCCAAUGCUUCAAAAAGAUGCAAACCCAGUGUUAUAUGCUACUGCUUUGCGUCUGCUUUGUAAGACUUGGGAGAUCAAUGAUCGUGUAUUCGGAAGUUUGCAGGGCUUAUUACUUCCAGAAGCAUUCACCCUGUUUAAGUAUGAGAGAAGUAUCUGUAUAAGCACGGCUGUUACUAUUCGGGAUGUUUGUCAAAAAAAUCCCGACAGGGGCGUAGACAUUAUCUUGUCGGUUGAGGCGUGCAUUGAAAGCACAGAUGCUAUAAUUAAAGCUCUUGGUAUUCAAAGCCUUUCCCUUCUCUGUGAAGCUGAUGUGAUUGAUUUUUAUACUGCUUGGGGUGUGAUAGCAAAGUAUGUCUCGAGUUAUUCCACCGACCCAGUUGUUGCAAAGAAUGUAUGCCUGCUUUUAAGAUGGGGUGCAAUGGAUGCCGAAGCAUAUCCAGAAUAUGCAACGGGCGUUAUGCAGAUAAUAUGGGAAGUUGCCACAUCCAAACACCCUAGUCAUGUCUCUUCAUGGGCAAAUGCUAGAGCAUCUGCUUUUGAGGCAUUAACUCGUUAUGAGGUACCUCAUAUCCGACAGUUCAUAACGGAUUUCAGGGAAAAGAACACAGAGGCGCUUGUUUCUGAGAUUGACCCCAAAGUUCUUGAGGCCAUGGAGAAAUUUGAAACGAAGAUAAUAACACACGAACACAUCACAAGGCGGAGACUAGUGAAGGAGAAAAGAGCGCCCGCCAACAAGAUUGAGAAAUUGCUAGAUGUCUUUCCUCGGGUUAUUGGUCUUUCAGGAACUAAUAAUAAAGUAAGAGAACUACCUGGUGCAGCACUAUUUCACCUUUCUUUCAGUGCAAAAGAUAAAAAUAACCAAGGAGGAUCAAAGGCUUUGCACGAUUUACAUGGCAGAUAUGAGAAUGCAUUAGUGGAGAUAGCUGCAUCACUACAGUUGUCAAGGAAUACAGUAGUGGCACUUCUUUCACUGCAAUCUUGGAAACCGUUUCUGCAACGUUGGCUGCGGGGUUGCAUCACGUUAUUGGAUGUUAAGGCGUCCUCCAGUGUGUUGGAUACAACUUCCAAAGCAGCUGAUGAUAUUCUCAUGCGUAUGACACAAACAGCUAUGAAAUCUAUCCCUAGAUCUGCUGAGAAUAUUGGACUAGCUGUGGGUGCACUUUGUCUGGUCCUUCCACCGUCUGCUCAUGCUACAAAAGCAAGCGCCUCCAAGUUUCUACUGAGCUGGCUAUUUCAGCAUGAACAUGAAUAUCGACAGUGGUCGGCUGCAAUUUCGCUUGGAAUCAUCUCAAGUUGCUUGCAUGUGACUGAUCAUAAACAAAAAUCCCAAACCAUCAAUGCACUUCUUGAGGUUGCGUGCAUGAGUAAAAGCACUCUGGUAAGAGGGGCUUGUGGAGUUGCUUUAGGUUAUUCAUGUCAAGAUCUUCUUACACGUUUUCAAGCAGGAGAUGACUACGAGAUGCAUGAAACUGAACUACUUGGAAAGAUUAUCAGGACUUUAUGUCGAUUAAUAGAUCAGUAUGCACAAUUUUCAACUACCACUCUUCAAACCCUAUCUGAAUACUUCCCUCAAGUAACAAACACUACUGAUCCAUAUAUUACCCCAAGUUUUUCCAACAAGAGUUCUGAUUACGUGGAGGAAGAUAUAUGGGGUGUUUCAGGACUCAUCAUUGGUUUAGGAAGUUCUGUUACUGCAAUAUAUAGGUCAGGGCGUAUAGACGCAGCUAAGAAAAUAAAAAACCUAAUUACAUCAUGGAUUCCUCUUGAAAAUCGCUCAAAACCAGUUUUAUCAACGGGUGCUUGUCUUGCAAUUCCGUUUGUAGUAUCUUUUUCUCAGAAAGUAGAACUGAUUGACGGUGCGGAGCUGGAAUAUCUUGCGAGUGGGUAUAGAGACCUCAUUAACGAACUGGUUUCUACCAAAAAAUCGGGAGCAUUUCGUCAGAGCUUGUUAAUGGCAUCUUGUGUUGGAGCUGGUAAUUUUCUUGGAUGCGUUUUAAAUGAAGGGAUCCAUUCACUGGAUGCCACGUGUGUCAGGGAAUUACUGGAUAUUUUCAAAAAAAUCUACUCAAGUUCUCAGCCUCCGCUAUUGCAUUUGGGUGCAAUGCUUGGAGUUGUAAAUGCAUUAGGAGCUGGCGGUGGGACCUUGUUUCUGCACUGCCCUUUAUCCUUUUCAUCAUCUAAUUCUAAACACAAGGAAUCUUCUUAUGUAACUGGUCCUUUAUUCUCAAAUUCUGUUAUGGAGCUUAGUCUGACAUCAUUAAUACAAGACAUCUUUCUUGUUGCUCAAAAUUCUGAUGACAACCAACUGCAACACUAUGCAUCUUGGGCAGUUUCUUUUCUUCGACAUUACAUCUGGUCUAGUGAUCUUCACAAUGAAGACAGAUCAAAACCUAAUUCUGCAUCCCAACCAUUCCCUGAGGAUAGCGUAGUCAUGAAACUUAGCCUGUGGCUAAUGAAUCUAAACGGCUCAGUGAUUGCUACCCCUUCACACGCCAACACAGUUGCAACUGUUCUGCGAUGUCUCACCAAUGCUCCAAGGUUGCCACAGCUUGAUUGGGGGCCAAUCAUUAGACGGUGCAUGCGAUACGAGGAACAGGUUUCCGAAACAUCACAAGGAGAAUAUAAUCUUGAAAACCGAAAACUGAGGGAGGAAUGUUUAGUAUUCUCUUUGGUUCACGGCAGCAACUUCGAUGCUUUGCUUACUUUUCUCGAUGAGUUGUUUGACCUCUCGAGGUUCAAAAUGCUUGAAAUGAAUCUACAGUUGUGCAUCCUUUCUCACCUGCCACACACGUUAAAGAUAUUCUCUGGAUCUAGGCUUGAAAAGUUAUUUGACGAUGUGGCGAAUUUUGUACAGUCGCCUUUCUCCUCUGACAAAGUAUAUGAUCCUGAACUGAAAAGCCUGUUAAGAACAUCUUGCUGGAAGGGUGUUUGCUUGUGUUUUGAAGAAGCUUAUCUUGAUUCCGAAAAACUUAUGCCCAACUUUGAGAAUUAUAUGGAGUUGCUCUUUACAUUGUUGCCCGAGUUUUCAGGGUUACGAUUUUUGGAAUAUGGCGGGACUUAUGAAAUGGAGGAGUGGUCUGAAGCAGUAAGAUGUCUUGGGAAGGCUCCUCUCCACUGGUUAUUACAUCUUCUGCAGAUUCCGGAGACGAGUUUCAAUCAGGAAAGCCAUCAGUUUUUAGAUGCAAAGAAAAAGAUGAUAGCUAGAGCAAGACUGGUGGAGAAUGGUUCUAUUCCGCUAAUUGAACUGUCAAAGCUAAAACCUUACAUAUUAAAUAUCAGAUCUGAUGGUAUAUGGGACGUUUUGGUAGAAGUCGUGAUGGCUUUGCAACAUGCUGAAGGAAGUGUCAAACGACAGUGGCUUGUUUCCGCUGCAGAAAUUAGUUGUGUCACAAAUUACCCUACGACGGCUAUGCAGUUUAUUGGUUUACUAUGUGGUAGCUGGUCCAAGUAUAUGCCUCUUCUGAUUGUGAACCCUCAUAUUGUAUUGAGCGACCUACCCGUAACCCUUACUUCUCUACUGUUAGAUGAUACUAACUGGGCAGUAGUGGCUGAUUCGGUGGUUUCGCUUAUGUGGACUUCAACCAAGCGUAUAUAUGACUAUGUCACUAACACUAAUGACUUUUCAACCCAAGGGUCACUUGAUGAUUCAGAGAAAGACACGGGUGUGUUCCUGUUAAAGGUGAUGCAUCAUACUUGUGUUGCUUUCAAAGACCAUCUGUCUCCUGAGGAACGGCUCAUGCUUGCCAACUUGACUGUUCCCUGAACUUGCACUUGCAUGUUCGUCCAUUAGUUAACAGUAGUUCAUGUACCAGUAGAAUUAUGUAUAUCGUUACAUGAUUGUGGAUGAACAGUAAGCUAAAAAGAUAUGAUGUGUCUGCCUAGUUAUAAUCUUAUAAUUGCUUAUAAAAUUGAUGAAUUACUAUGCUC